CACACGCACAGGGAAAGAAUUGCGUUUAUGUGGGACAGGUGAAAACAAUCGCAAAAAAGCAAUGGAAAGGGCUUUGAGAGUAAUUUAUCUUCUGAACAACAGCAAUAUGGCAACUUCUAAAUGGUGAGAGGGAAUCUCUCUAAAGCAAUCGAUUUGAAGAUUGGUUGGACAAACAAUGGGAAAGUCAUUGUCUUAGCAGAAAUAAGUUCAUACUUUUUUUUUUUUGCGAAUUCUAGAAGCUUUUCUGUUAUCUGCUGUAGCUCAGACAAAAAUGCAUUCUCACCAGAUGACUGUUUUUGGUUAAUCGAUACUGAAUGCGCUUUGUGCGGACUGUCGAAUUUCAAAGAUUUACCGUAUGAUCAAGAUGCACCUGAUGCUACAAGUAUAAAUAGGGGAACAAAUGCUUUCUGUUCUUCCUCGGCUAAGGAGGUAGAGGUGGAGGCGGAGCCGGAUGUCAGAGGUCCUGAAACAGUCACCAUGGGGGAAAAUGAUCCGCCUGCUGCUGAAGCCCCCUUCUCAUUCCGAUCGCUUUUUGGCCUUGACGAUUUGAAAAUCAGUCCUGUUGCACCAGAUGCAGAUGCCGUCGCUGCACAGAUCCUGUCACUGCUGCCAUUGAAGUUUUUUCCAAUCAUCGUCAUUGGGAUCAUUGCAUUGAUAUUAGCACUGGCCAUUGGUCUGGGCAUCCACUUCGACUGCUCGGGGAAGUACAGAUGUCGCUCAUCCUUUAAGUGUAUCGAGCUGACAGCUCGAUGUGAUGGAGUCUCGGAUUGCAAAGACGGGGAGGACGAGUACCGCUGUGUCCGGGUGAGUGGUCAGAAUGCCGUGCUCCAGGUGUUCACAGCUGCUUCGUGGAAGACCAUGUGCUCCGAUGACUGGAAGGGUCACUACGCAAAUGUUGCCUGUGCCCAGCUGGGUUUCCCAAGCUAUGUAAGUUCAGAUAACCUCAGAGUGAGCUCGCUGGAGGGGCAGUUCCGGGAGGAGUUUGUGUCCAUCGAUCACCUCUUGCCAGAUGACAAGGUGACUGCGUUACACCACUCAGUAUAUGUGAGGGAGGGAUGUGCCUCUGGCCACGUGGUUACCUUGCAGUGCACAGCCUGUGGUCAUAGAAGGGGCUACAGCUCACGCAUCGUGGGUGGAAACAUGUCCUUGCUCUCGCAGUGGCCCUGGCAGGCCAGCCUUCAGUUCCAGGGCUACCACCUGUGCGGGGGCUCUGUCAUCACGCCCCUGUGGAUCGUCACCGCUGCACACUGUGUUUACGACUUGUACCUCCCCAAGUCAUGGACCAUCCAGGUGGGUCUAGUUUCCCUGCUGGACAAUCCAGCCCCAUCCCACUUGGUGGAGAAGAUUGUCUACCACAGCAAGUACAAGCCAAAGAGGCUGGGCAAUGACAUCGCCCUCAUGAAGCUGGCCGGGCCGCUCACGUUCAAUGAAAUGAUCCAGCCUGUGUGCCUGCCCAACUCUGAAGAGAACUUCCCCGAUGGAAAAGUGUGCUGGACGUCAGGAUGGGGGGCCACAGAGGAUGGAGGUGACGCCUCCCCUGUCCUGAACCACGCGGCCGUCCCUUUGAUUUCCAACAAGAUCUGCAACCACAGGGACGUGUACGGUGGCAUCAUCUCCCCCUCCAUGCUCUGCGCGGGCUACCUGAAGGGUGGCGUGGACAGCUGCCAGGGGGACAGCGGGGGGCCCCUGGUGUGUCAAGAGAGGAGGCUGUGGAAGUUAGUGGGAGCGACCAGCUUUGGCAUCGGCUGCGCAGAGGUGAACAAGCCUGGGGUGUACACCCGUGUCACCUCCUUCCUGGACUGGAUCCACGAGCAGAUGGAGGAGGUCCUCACUGAAUACGGUUGAUGGGAUCUUAGAAACUGCAGCUGGAGGAGAAACAGUGCGCACAGGCCCUCCAGCAACGUCCUUGCUUGCAGUGUAAUUUUGUUAUAAAGUCGA